CGGCUCCGCCGGAAGGGGCUGGUGGGGGGCGGGAAAGGCGCCAAGUUCUUUUUGAACAAUGACAGCGACAAUGGCGGCGGCGGGCGGCGGGGCGGGGAGCAAGAUGACAAGGAGGAGCCGCUGAUGACGGACACGGAUCUGGUGUGCAUCUGCAUCGCCGCCUUGCUGCACGAUGUGGGCCACCCCGCGUUCUCGCACAUGUUCGAGGAGUUCAUGCGGACGUCUGGGUGUAGCGCCAACAAUAUGCAUUGCAAAAGCAUCGCAUUAGUAGUAAUUGCAUUACAAAUUUGCUUAGCAUUACAAAUGAAAUUUGUAAUGCUGUUUUACCUUUUGUCAUGCUGUACUACCAGUACGAUACUUUUGCAGAGCAUAAACAAGAAGCUGGACCGAAAGAAAAUCGAAGCAGUGUUUGACGCGGGCAGCGUAUCCGAGGACGGGUAUAGAGUUGUACUUUUUGGAGAUAAAUGCAACUUACUAUACUUCAACUUCAGGACUUUUUUUUUGGUUCUGCUCGUCCUGGAACACUUUAUCACUCUAUAGAUAACUUCAAAUUAAAAUUAUCAACAUAACCGCUAGUACACGAAAGAAUCAUCUAUCAUCUAUGGUGUGUUGAUAAGUAUUGACUUUCUUCAGAAUAAGUCAACUUCUAGUAUAUACCGCCCUUUUUUAUCAGCCUUGAGGCACGCGUUCCAAACAGUUCUUGGGACCACGAGGACGCGUCGCUGUUGCUUGCCAAGCAGAUGUUUGCGGACCUGCAAGAGGUGUUGAUCGCGGAAAAUAUCACCAAACUGGACCAGCAGUUCAUUCUCGAACUCAUCCACCCGCCAAAGAAAAAGCUCCUGAAAGCGCUCCAAAACGGCACGCUGUACAAGGAGUGGCCGCUGCUGAUCAAGGGCCGGGACAUUUCCAAGGCCUGGAUGGUGGAAAUUGUGUCCAAUUGGAGGUGCGGUUUGGAUAUGCAUUGCAAAAUUAUCGUACUACUUGGUAUAAAUUGCAUCACAAAUUUUUUUCAAGAAGAAAAAUAAAUGCAAUUUGUAAUGCAAUUAUACCUAAAACGGGAUAUUUGUCAUGCACGAUAACAAUUACUACGAGUAUGAUACUUUUUCAAUGCAUAUUGGACGUGGACCGGUUUGACUAUUUUUUGCGGGACGCGUACCACUUGGGCGUGAAGAUUCAGUUCGAUUUGUCCUAUCGCAAGAAAAAACUGUUUCACUGUGAGCUUGUAAUGCAGAAACUGUAUCUGAGAAGUGUUUGUUUUGCUACACAUGCAAGACAAUGGAUUUUUAGCUGUCUUUUCCCUUAGGAAUCUAGCAUGGCAAAUUUUCUCUGUGAUGUAGAGCAAACUUGUGAUGCAGAACUCGCAAAAUCCUUACAGUGAAACACUUUUUUCGUACGAUAUGUCCCGGUACUUGAACAAUGUCUCCGUCGCGGAAUACGACUACGAGGAGAAAGUAUCAAAUGUAAAAAUGUCUGGGUCUGGAAGAUUGCAACUUGUCAUGCUAAAUCUGCAGCAUGCAAAAAUCUGUGUUGCAUGAGUGCCAAAAGUCGUCCAGUUUUGACCAAGUCGGGAGGUAGUUUGUCAUGCAGGACAGGCAUUAGAAAGGUCUCGCAGAAUCUGUCAUGCUAGGUCCUGCAUUCCAGACCUUAUGGGUCAUGGAAAAGCAGCAUGACAAAUCGCGCAUUCUUCCAGAGGACCCAGACAUUUUUACAUUUGAUAGAAAGUUUUGCAAGAAGUAAUUGCGGACGAUUUAGAACUACAGGAUGUGGUGGAUAGUACUGAACAAGCCAGCAGCGGGGCGGUGCCUGCAGCGACUUCGUCAUCUUCCACCUCCUCUUCUUCAAUGGCCUUGCCGCUUGGUAGUAGUUCAACAUCUACUUCUGCAGCCGAGCAGUCCGCGACCUCUGAUAACGUCCCGGACACGGUUUCCGUCGGCGCGGCGAGCAGUGUCCCAACUACAAUCCUUGACCCGAAUCUGCUGACGCCGCCGCCGAAGAGUAAAACCAAAAAGAUGAUGAAAAUCGUGCCCGUUGUCAGGAAGCUCCGCACGCUGGGCGUCCUGCGGAAAGACGCGGACAUGCUCCAGCGAGAUUUUUUCGAGCAACGACAGCAGCUGCACAAGCAGGCGUAUCAGCACCGGACCACGAAGAAAGUCGAGCACCACUUGCUGGAGAUUCUGAAAAUCCUGAACAACAGUCCAACCGUCCGGAUAAAAAACAAAAAGGGCGAGCCGGUCCGGUUGAGCCAAGCGGCCCGCUUGGACGAGAAAAAUUGGGACCCCUACGCGUACGCGCAGCUGACGGACAGCAUGAUAUCCACUUUGUUAAAUUCCGGUGGUCUCUACCUGGCGCCGGCGAAGGAGGACGACGACUUGACCGAUUUAUCAACUGCAAAUAUGUCUGGCUGUGGAAACUUGUCAUGCUGGGUGGCGUAUCAUGAUGAGGCCGCAAGUGCUGGCUCAGCAUGACAGGUUUCUGAGUUUCUAGGUGUUGCCUACGUACUCUGCAUGACAAACUGCGUUUCUGCAUGACAUAAAAAUGGAGCUCUUGGGUAUGCGUGCAUGACAGAAUCAAGAGUCAUGCCAGACAAGCAUGACAAACAUGCAUUCUUCCAGACCCAGACACUUUUGCACUUGAUACGACUGCGGAUUGUCCGAUGUGGAUUAUCCCGAUAGCUCCCCGACCGCGGCAGGCACGUCGCUUGUGAACAAAGACAAGAAGGAACAACAGCCCGACGUUGACAAAAAGCUCCUGCAUGCGCAGCGGCUGUACAAGGCGACGGUGCAGGAACGGCGACUGAUGCGCAACGUGGGCGUCGCGGACUGCUCCUGGGCGCCGAUGAAUUUUCUGCAGACGCCGGAGGAAAAGGAGGCACUCAAGGAGAGAAUCGUUGGUGCGGCGAUUUUAUGGAUUGUGAAGAUGUCUGGGUCUGGAAACUUGUUAUGCUGGGUGGCGUAUCAUGAAGAGGCCACAAGUGCUGGCGCAGCAUGACAAGCUUUUGAGCUUCUAGGUGUUGCCUAUUCUGCAUGAGAAACUGCGUUUCUGUAUGACAGCAAAAUGGGGCUCUUGGGUAUCGUGCAUGACAGAUUUAAGAGGCAUGCCAGACAAGCAUGACAAACAUUAACAUGCACUCUUCUAGACCCAGACAUGUUUGCAUUUGACACAUUUCGGGGAGGCUGAAAGCGUUAAUGCCUACGACCGGGAAGAGUCGGUCGCUUUCGAAACACGAAAUGAAAAAACAGCUACACGUCGUGCUCGCGCAUUACCACCAGGGUAUUGUUUUGAUUUUUCCUUACUUUCGGGGGACUGUCUUUUCUUUGCAAUCCGCUAGAAGAUCAUGAAGAUAUUAUCGGACUGAUUUCUUGAUCUUGUUGAAGAAGACAGAUACUAAAUAUAGACCGCAACGAUAACUACAUAAGUCGUUAUAUUUUUAUAUUUAUUCCAGGUGCCGGCGAAGAGCGGCCUAUGAAGUGGACGCUGCUGUUAGACCCGAAACUUGGGAACCACUGCUUGGGCAAAGACACGCAGGACCGAUUGUCGCAGUUGUUUGAGCCGGAAAUUUUGGAAAAGAUCGAGGCCCAAAAGUACAUGCAGAAGACGCUGUUCGUGUUUUGGCACGCCCCGUCCAAGUACGACGAAAGUCUGGAGACGCUGAUGCCGGAACUGGUGCCGGAGGACGAGGCAGUCAUGCUGAAGCGCAUGUGCCGCUCCCUCAUGGAUUGGCUCAAGGAGCAGGGACCGGAGGAGGAAGGUACUUAUUUUUCAGAUGCAGAUGCUUGCGUGCUGAAGAUCAAGAUGUCGCGACAGCAGAUUGCGCAGACGUUGAUGAAAUCUUGGCACUUUUUCAAGCUCUUUCAACGAAAACGACGGAUGAUUUAUGGAUCACUUCGUGUCGGUCCUCCAAAAACUAAAACCUUCGACCCCGCCAGAUAUCUCCGGGCCGCAAACCCCGGUAGACCAGGAGCCGGGAAACGCCGGCGCGGGGCGCAUGAGCCGUCCCCGAGCAGAGGCUGCCACUGGGAUUCUCCUUUCCCCGGGUAUCAAAUGCAAAAAUGUCUGGGUCUGGAAACUUGUAAUGCUGCGCUGGGAAUAGUAAAUGCUCUGUAAUGCACAGCCAAGCAUGAGAAAUAUCUGCGCCUCUUUCUGUUGCGUUUUUCGCAUGACAAACUGCGUUUUUGCAUGACAGGCAAAAGGGUCUCUUCUUGGACACGCAUCACAAACUUUUUGGUCAUGCCAGACAAGCAUGACAAGUGUCGCAAUCUUCCAGACCCAGACAUUUUUGCACUUGAUACCGGGGCCCCGGGCGCAAAACUCCAACGCGCCGGUCGACGCAGCUGCAAACGGAGAGGCGGGGGCGUCGACACAGCAUAUUCAAACUGGUGCUGCUUCCUCCUCGUCCUCCUCUACUGCACAAGGCCAAGCUGCGCGACCGGGCGCGAAGCGGAAGCCGCGCGUGUUAAAACGAGUCAUCGACAUUCAGUCUUCCGCGGUUUUGGGUCCGGACGAUGCCCACAUGGCCCCGCACGAGCGCGGACGAAAUAUGGCGCGGGAACUGGCCCAGAUCAGCGAGGCAGAAUCUGUGCGACAACCGAGCGGGUGAAGGGACCACUUGAGGUAGUUUUCAAUCGCUUUGGGUGUGGUAUCUUUCCAAAUGCAACAAGAAGCGGCUUCUCAACGCAAGUUAUUACAACUUGAGUACGAUCUUCCAAAACGAUAGCGACAUUUCAUCUCGGUCUCGCGCGACAAUCGUCCUCCGCAUAGUUCACGCCUGAUCUCUAUUCGCCCACUUUUAUAUCACGCACUUGUAAUCCAAAUCUUUAUCUCGACAGAAAUUAUGGCGACAAAUAAACCUGAAACAGUAAGUAGCAGUAGAGGUCUUGUUUUGCAACUUUACUGUGAAAGUAAGCAAGCCAAAAAAACUUUGACUUGCUUGGCUCAAAACGGAACAAGAUUUUGCCUCCCAGCCUCUUCGUGCUUGGCAAAAUGAAUUUCUAUACCCCCGACCACCAGAUCUGGACGACGGUAGUACGCGACUUCCUCGCUUUGAACCUUAUUUGAGAGGACCCAAAAAUUACCUUGAGACGGCCGCCUGGAAAAAGACGCUUCUUUCUUUGGCUAUUCAAAGUACUUCGGAUUUGUUCUCGAUGAUGUUGAUGCAAUCUGACUUUAAGGUCAGAGCGACCAUUUUCG